AUGUGGAGUCUUCGGUGUUCUUGUUUGGGACACCCAUCAGAAUUGGCUGUUCACUCCAGGGGUCGUCCCGCACGAUCAAAGCUAUCAAUCUUGCGGUAUUGUGUACGUAGUAUGGCUCAUACUCAAUCAUAUUAG